CUUUGAAGAUUGAAUGUAGAUUACUCAAUAUAGUAAUAAUACAGAGCAACGUGAUAGUAUAAGAUUAUGGAUUAUAUAAUUGUCGUGUUAAGACACAAAUUCCCGAAAUAAAUGCAGUCACGAGGCUAUAAUAUUGGUCAGUCACGACGCGCUUCAUUAUCGUGUCGUGAGCGUCGCAGCACGAAGUCGAUUUAUUUACGCGCGUUAAUCCCCGACUCGAGAGAUGCUUCACCGAAUUUUUAUCAUUAAUAUAUCUAUAUUGCAAACGAAUUAGUACGAAUUAGUUAUGAGUGAAAUAUAAUGAGCUAUUAUAUCAUCUACUCUGUACAUAUAUUAAAUAUCGAUAAAUUAAUAAUGAAACUGUUUGAUGGCCUAUAUAAAUAACCCACGGCGAUGCAUAAAGUAACAUCAGAAAUAUACACAGAAAAUGAUCAAAUCUCUGAGGAGCUUGACAAUGGCAAUGCGAUGACUGAAUUCACUUUUAAAUGCCCAUCUUACAUGAUUGAGGCAGAAGCCACAGCUGAGACGCUAAAUUAUGACAGUGACGAUGAUCUAGAUGUAGAUAGAGACAAAGAAGGAGUAAUUCUAAUAGAGCAUAGUGUAUCUACAGAGCUCAAUUUAGUCGGUUUACAAGUAUGGAGAGCCGCUUUCUUGUUAGCCGACUACAUUCUAUCGCAUCAGGAUUUGUUUAGAAAUCAAAUAAUUCUAGAAUUAGGAUCUGGGGUUGGUCUAACCAGCAUCGUAGCGAGUUACUUAGCUAAGGAAGUCAUUUGCACCGAUAUCAAUGUAGGUGAUAUACUAAAUCUAAUUGAACGAAAUUUUCUGAGGAAUUAUAUGUACGUUAGAUCCGGUUUUCAUAUCGAGGAAGUGAAUUUUUUAAACUUAGAAUGGCCGAAAAAGUUGGAGGAGAAAUUGCAAAGCGCAAAUAUUGUAUUGGCUGCAGACGUGAUAUACGAUGACAAAAUCACGGAUGGAUUUGUCCGCACAUUGACGAAACUUCUAUAUACGAAAAAGAAAAAGAUAAUUUACAUUGCUCUCGAGAAAAGAUAUGUUUUCACUGUCGCCGAUUUGGAUACCAUUGCUCCAAUGUACGAAGAAUUUUUACGUUGCGUCGAAAAGUACAAAAUGAAUUGGUCUGUAGAUUACAUUAAUAUAGACUUCCCACGCUACUUCAAAUAUGAUAGAGUCAAACAUUUGGUUUUAAUGAAGAUACAGAACAAUACAAGAUCUGUUGCACAUACAUAACGAAUAGUUUUUUCAAUUAGAUACGCAAAUAAUAUAUUACGAUAACAUGUAAUAUGUUAUCAUAAUUAUCAUAAAGUAUGACAAUAUUCUAAAGAGAAAGAGAACUUGCCAUAUUAAGAACAAGAUCUCUAUGCAUAUUUAACAAAAUAUAGUAUCACAAUUAAUGUAAGUUGUAAAAAAUAAUUAUAUAUUUAAAACAAGAUUGUUUAAUGAACAUGUACGUUUGUCAAUACAUAAUACGAAACAAACGGUAAAAAUUUAGCACAAUUUUUGAACAUGAUUUAAUUUAAGCUAAAAAAUUUCGAAAUCAUUCUUUUAAUCCUUAGAUCAUUUUACAUAACGAAUAAGAAACGAUAAUCUAAGGAUUAAUAAAAGGAAAAAACAUAGAUAUUCGGAGUGUGUGAUAAAAAUGACUAUAUAAUAUACAUUUCUCACGUCCACA